UCCCUUCCCCCCCCCUCCCCCCUGCACACACACAUAUUACCCUGUUGCCCUCGGACUCCGGAGCCACGAGCCCACGGAUCGGGCCCUUUUCUCCCCGAGGAAGAGGAUUAAUUACCCCGUUGGAUUAUUUAUUUCCCCGCGAUCAGAGGAAGGAAAGAUGCCGGCCGGGUUCUCCCCUUAAUCCCCGGAUUCGUUACCCCAUUUUCUCCUGUUGGAUGCAUCACCCCUUCGCCUCCCCUCCAAGAAGAGGAGCGGGGAUCGAUCCCAAUCUACGCUGCAUUUCCCACUGCCUCCCUCUGUCCUCCCCUUUUUCCCCCCCCCCCCCCCCCCCCCAUUUCAUAUCCAGAGGAGAAAACGCUCUGAGUUUCUCUUUUAAAAUAAUAAUAAUAAUUUUUAACCCUCCUCUCUCACUCCUUCCCUGGUUAUUUAUCCUGCCACUAUUCCGUGUGUGUGUGCGUACGUAAAGCCCUUAUUUAACCGCAUUAUUAUUUGUGCGUGUGCCUCGCCCCCUCCCCCGUCCCCUCGCAGUGUCUGUCUCCCUCUCCCUCUCUCUCUCUCUCUCUCUCUCUCUCUCUCUCUCUGUCUGUCUCUUUCUUUCUUGUCGGAGGCUGUGGGAUAAUGGCGUGUGGGUUGUGGCUGUGAGGAUGAGUUCCUGCUUCGUGCCGAACGGGGCCAGCCUGGAGGAUUGCCAUUCCAACCUCUUCUGCCUGGCUGAUCUAACUGGGAUUAAAUGGAAGCGAUACGUAUGGCAGGGUCCAACAUCUGCCCCCAUUCUCUUUCCGGUCACGGAAGAGGACCCUAUUUUGAGCAGCUUCAGUCGCUGUCUGAAGGCGGAUGUGCUCAGUGUUUGGCGCCGAGACCAGAGACCUGGACGCAGGGAGCUGUGGAUAUUUUGGUGGGGUGAUGACCCCAACUUUGCUGACCUUAUCCAUCACGAUCUCUCAGAAGAAGAAGAUGGUGUUUGGGAGAAUGGACUUUCUUAUGAAUGUCGCACUCUGCUUUUCAAAGCUGUUCACAACCUGUUGGAGAGGUGUUUAAUGAACAGGAACUUUGUGCGCAUUGGGAAAUGGUUUGUGAAGCCUUAUGAGAAAGAUGAAAAACCUAUAAACAAAAGCGAGCACUUGUCCUGCUCAUUCACCUUCUUCUUACAUGGGGAUAGUAAUGUUUGCACCAGUGUGGAGAUCAGUCAGCAUCAACCUGUGUACCUGCUUAGUGAAGAACACCUCACCCUUGCCCAGCAGUCUAACAGCCCUUUCCAAGUUAUUCUAAGUCCCUUUGGAUUAAAUGGCACGCUCACAGGGCAGUCAUUCAAGCUCUCUGAUUCAUCUACAAAAAAGCUUAUUGGUGAAUGGAAACAAUUCUAUCCUGUCACUUCAAACUUGAAGGAGGGGUCUGAAGAAAAACAAGAAGAUAUGGAUUGGGAGGAUGAUUCUUUAGCUGCUGUUGAAGUCCUUGUUGCUGGUGUGCGAAUGGUGUAUCCAGCGUGCUUCGUCCUAGUUCCCCAAACAGACAUCCCUGCUCCUAGCACUGUUGGGACGUCUCACUGUUCAACUACUUGCUUGGGUGUCCACCAAGUGCCUGCUUCCACACGAGAUCCUGCCAUGUCCUCAGUAACUCUGACUCCUCCGACAUCCCCUGAAGAAGUUCAAACAGUUGAUGCUCAAUCUGCCCAGAAAUGGGUGAAGUUUUCUUCAGUUUCUGAUGGAUUUAUCUCUGACAGUACUAGCCAUCAUGGUGGCAAAAUACCUAGAAAACUGGCCAAUCAGGUGGUGGACAGAGUUUGGCAAGAAUGCAAUAUGAACAGAACACAGAACAAGCGGAAAUAUUCUGCUACAUCAAACAGCUUGUGUGAUGAAGAGACAGCUGACAAGGUAGCAUCCUGGGAUUUUGUUGAAGCCACACAGAGGACAAAUUGCAAUUGUUCAAGGCACAAAAAUCUCAAACCAAGGAAUUCAAGUCAACAGGGGCAGGCACCACCUGUGGGCCAGCAGCAACAAGCAGCUCCAAAGCACAAGACAAAUGAGAAGCAAGACAAAGGGGAUAAACCACAAAAACGCCCUUUGACUCCUUUUCAUCAUCGUGUAUCUAUCAGUGAUGAUGUUGCCAUGGAGGCAGAUUCGGCAAGUCAGAGGCUUGUGAUGACUGCACCAGACAGUCAAGUGAGAUUUUCAAAUAUCCGAACUAAUGAUGUAGCAAAGACUCCUCAGAUGCAUAAUGCUGAAAUGCAUAAUGCUGAAAUGGCAAAUUCACCUCAGCCACCACCGCUUAGUCCUCACCCGUGUGAUGUAGUUGAUGAAGGGGUAACUAAAGCUCCUUCUACUCCUCAGAGUCAACAUUUCUACCAGAUGCCAACACCAGAUCCCUUGGUUCCCACAAAAGCAAUGGAAGACAGACUUGAUGGCUUGUCUCAGCCUUUUCCAGCUCAAUUUCCUGAAGUUAUAGAGCCUACGAUGUAUGUUGGUACUGCAGUGAAUUUGGAGGAAGACGAAGCUGAUACUACAUGGAAGUAUUACAAAGUUCCAAAGAAAAAGGAUAUGGAAUUCUUACCACCUCAGCUUCCAAAUGAUAAGUUGAGAGAUGAUCCAGUAAUACCUGCUGGACAGGAGAACAUAACAUCAGUUACAGAAUUAAUGGUGCAAUGUAGGAAGCCUUUAAAGGUUUCGGAUGAACUGGUGCAGCAGUAUCAGAGUAAAAACCAGUACCUAGCAGCAGUAGUGUCAGAAGCUGACCAGGAACCUGAAAUUGAUCCUUAUGCCUUCGUUGAUGGUGACGUGGAGUUCUUAUUUCCUGACAGCAAAAAAGACCGACAGAACAUCGAGAGGGAAACUGGGAAGAAACACAAGGCUGAGGACGGUACGUCUGGUGUUACAGUUCUAUCCCAUGAAGGAGAGGAUGCUAUGUCUUUGUUUAGUCCUUCUGUCAAACAAGAUGCCCAACGUAUUGCUGCUCAUGCUCGCACUGCAUCAACCAGCCUGAUCCAUGAAACGGACUUGGUGGUCUCUUACACUGACCUUGACAAUCUCUUCAAUUCUGAUGAGGAUGAACUAACACCUGGAUCUAAAAGAACAGUGAAUGGUGCUGAUGACAAAUCCAACUGCAAAGAGGCAAAAGCAGGAAAUCUAGAUCCACUGUCAUGCAUAAGCACUGCAGAUCUCCAUAAAAUGUAUCCAACUCCACCUUCUUUGGAACAACACAUCAUGGGAUUUUCUCCAAUGAACAUGAAUAAUAAGGAAUAUGGCAGUAUGGACACUACACUUGGAGGAACAGUACUUGAAGGGAAUAGUUCCAGUAUGGGAGCUCAGUUCAGGAUUGAAGUAGAUGAGGGUUUCUGCAGCCCCAAACCUGCUGAAAUAAAGGAUUAUUCUUACGUUUAUAAACCUGAGAACUGCCAAGCCUUAGUGGGAUGUUCCAUGUUUGCACCACUGAAGACACUUCCCAGCCAGUGUCUCCCUCCCAUCAAACUGCCAGAAGAGUGCAUAUAUCGCCAGAGUUGGACUGUUGGAAAGCUGGAUUUGCUUCCUCCAGGACCUGCCAUGCCAUUUAUCAAAGAUGGUGACGGAAGCACUAUGGAUCAAGAGUAUGGCCCUGCAUACACGCCGCAAACUCAUACUCCGUUUGGAAUGCCCCCGGGAAGUGCACCACCCAGCAAUGGUGGAGCUGGGAUUCUCCCUUCUCCUUCCACCCCUCGUUUCCCAACUCCCAGAACACCAAGGACUCCUCGGACUCCUCGUGGAGCUGGUGGGCCAGCAAGCGCGCAGGGGUCAGUCAAAUAUGAGAACUCUGAUUUAUACUCACCAGCUUCCACGCCAUCGACGUGUAGACCACUUAAUUCUGUUGAACCUGCAACUGUGCCUUCCAUUCCAGAGGCACACAGUCUGUACGUGAAUCUCAUCCUCUCAGAGUCUGUAAUGAAUCUCUUCAAAGACUGUAACUUUGACAGCUGCUGCAUAUGCGUUUGCAAUAUGAACAUCAAAGGUGCUGAUGUUGGAGUUUACAUUCCUGAUCCAACACAAGAGGCCCAGUAUCGGUGUACCUGUGGUUUCAGUGCUGUUAUGAAUAGGAAGUUUGGCAACAGUUCUGGACUGUUUCUUGAAGAUGAAUUAGAUAUUUUAGGUCGUAACACAGAGUGUGGCAAAGAAGCAGAAAAACGCUUUGAAGCUCUCAGAGCUACUUCUGUUGAACAUGGCAGUGCAGGACUGAAAGAACCGGAGAAACUGCCUGAUGAGUUAAUACUGUUGCUGCAAGAUCAAUGCACCAACUUGUUCUCACCAUUUGGAGCAGCAGAUCAAGAUCCUAUUCCCAAAGUCAGUGCAGUUAGCAACCUGGUACGUGUAGAAGAAAGGGAUUGUUGCAAUGACUGCUACUUAGCCUUGGAACAUGGACGCCAGUUCAUGGACAAUAUGUCAGGAGGGAAAGUUGAUGAAGCACUUGUGAAAACUACUUGCUUGCACCACUGGUCAAAAAGAAACGUUGUGGACGUGAGCAUGCAGUGUUCCCAGGACAUCCUUCGGAUGCUGCUCUCACUUCAGCCCGUUCUUCAAGAUGCCAUUCAGAAGAAGCGCACGGUCCGGUCGUGGGGUGUGCAAGGCCCUCUCACGUGGCAGCAGUUCCACAAAAUGGCUGGCAGAGGCUCUUAUGGAACUGAUGAGUCCCCAGAACCACUGCCAAUCCCAACGUUUUUGUUGGGCUACGAUUACGAUUUUCUGGUGCUGUCUCCGUUUGCAUUGCCGUACUGGGAGAGGCUGAUGCUGGAACCUUAUGGAUCUCAAAGAGAUGUUGCUUAUGUUGUGGUGUGCCCUGAGAAUGAGGCUCUGCUAAAUGGAGCAAAAAGCUUCUUUAGGGAUCUGACUGCAAUAUAUGAGUCUUGCAGACUUGGCCAACAUAGACCUAUCUGUAAAUUAUUGCCUGAUGGAAUCAUGAGAGUUGGACCUACUGCUUCAAAGAAACUUUCUGAGAAGCUGGUCACAGAAUGGUUCUCACAGACAGCUAAUGCCAACAGUGAAGCAUUUUCCAAACUCAAACUGUAUGCCCAAGUUUGCAGAUAUGAGCUGGGUCCUUAUCUUGCUUCUCAGCCUUUGGACAAUUCAUUACUUGCCCAAACAAAUCUGGUCCCUCCUUCUAGCCAGCCAGCCUCUGCUCUGCCCCCAGUGACUGCCAGCACUGGAAAUCCCAACACUCCGUCUGCUCCUGCAGCUUCUACCAGUAGUACUAUGACAGCAACAUCAAACAGUGCCAUGUCUUCUGCAGCUACUACAGCUAACUCAACUUUAACUACCACUGCCACGUCAUCCUCUUCUGCUAACAUAGGCAGUGGGAUCCCAACAAACAAGCCUUCUUCGUUUCCACCUUUUAGCAGUAUGAACAAUACCACUUCUGCUUCCCUGCCCUCUCAGGCUGCAACAGUCCAAAACGGGCAAACAGGAGGACAGCAGCAACAGCCGGUGCUGCAAACGGCAGGGAUGUCUGGAGAUGCUGCUACAGCACCUGCACAGCCUCACCCAGAGGUUUCUGAAAGCACUAUGGAUCGUGAUAAAGUUGGAGUUCCUACAGAUGGGGAUUCACACGCUAUCACCUACCCACCUGCCAUUGUAGUUUACAUAAUUGAUCCUUUUACAUAUGAAAAAAAGGAUGAGAACAGUAGCUCAUCUAGUUUGUGGACACUUGGACUUCUGCGCUGCUUUUUAGAAAUGGUUCAGGUUCUUCCUCCUAACAUCAAGAAUAUAAUUUCUGUGCAGAUUGUUCCAUGUCAGUACCUUCUGCAGCCAGUGAAACACGAAGACCGGCAGAUUUAUACUCAGCAUUUGAAGUCUUUAGCAUUUUCAGCAUUUACUCAGUGUCGGAGACCUCUUCCAUCUUCCACCAACGUGAAAACGUUAACUGGCUUUGGCCCAGGCUUAGCCAUGGAAACGGCUCUUAAGAGCCCUGAUAGACCUGAGUGUAUUCGACUGUACACCCCUCCUUUUAUAUUGGCUCCUGUAAAAGACAAGCAAACAGAGCUUGGAGAAACUUUUGGAGAAGCUGGCCAGAAGUACAAUGUGCUUUUUGUAGGCUACUGUUUGUCUCAUGAUCAAAGAUGGCUUCUUGCAUCCUGUACAGAUCUCUAUGGAGAACAGUUAGAGACGUGCAUAAUAAAUAUUGAUGUACCAAACAGAGCUCGCAGGAAAAAGGGCUCUGCCCGCAGGCUUGGUCUUCAGAAACUCUGGGAAUGGUGCCUGGGACUCGUGCAGAUGAGUUCUUUGCCUUGGAGAGUCGUAAUAGGCCGCUUAGGAAGAAUAGGGCAUGGGGAACUAAAAGAUUGGAGUUGUUUGUUGAGUCGCCGAAAUCUUCAGUCCCUCAGUAAGAGGCUGAAAGACAUGUGCAGAAUGUGUGGCAUCUCUGCUGCAGACUCUCCCAGCAUUCUCAGUGCUUGUUUGGUAGCAAUGGAACCACAGGGGUCCUUCAUUAUUAUGCCAGAUUCUGUGUCGACCGGCUCUGUGUUUGGACGCAGCACCACUUUAAAUAUGCAGACAUCUCAGCUGAAUACCCCCCAGGACACGUCGUGCACUCACAUACUUGUGUUCCCCACAUCUGCUUCUGUGCAAGUAGCAUCGUCAACUUAUACCACUGAAAACUUGGAUCUGGCCUUCAACACAAACAAUGAUGGAGCAGAUGGAAUGGGCAUCUUUGACUUGUUAGACACUGGAGAUGAUCUUGAUCCUGAUAUUAUAAAUAUACUUCCUGCAUCACCUACUGGAUCCCCUGUACAUUCUCCAGGGUCCCACUACCCCCAUGGAGGUGAUAUGGGCAAGGGUCAAGGUACAGAUCGACUGCUUUCAACAGAAUCUCACGAUGAAGUAACAAACAUACUGCAACAGCCACUGGCCCUUGGUUAUUUUGUGUCAACUGCCAAAGCAGGUCCCUUGCCUGACUGGUUUUGGUCAGCGUGUCCUCAAGCACAAAAUCAGUGUCCCUUGUUUCUUAAGGCCUCUUUGCACCUCCACGUGCCUUCAGUGCAAUCAGACGAGCUACUCCACAGUAAACACUCCCAUCCACUUGAUUCUAAUCAAACUUCUGAUGUGCUCAGGUUUGUUCUGGAACAGUACAAUGCACUCUCCUGGCUAACCUGUGAUCCUGCAACCCAGGACAGACGGUCAUGUCUCCCGAUUCAUUUUGUGGUGCUGAAUCAGUUGUAUAACUUUAUCAUGAAUAUGCUGUGACCUUCAUCUGAAUUUUGCAAGACAAAAAAUGAGGAAAAGGGAUAUUUCACUGCAGGACUAAGUUAUAAUUCUUCUCAGUGCAAGUUGUUUGUGAUGGGGUAUGAAUCUUGUUACUUCCAGCAAAUAUUGUUUUGACUUGUGAGAGGGGUACUUAUCACCUGCUGUCUUUGAGUCAAUGACUAUGGGGGACGCUUUAGAAUGAUGAUCAGAAAGUGUAUUAUAACAUUUUUAGUAGCAAAAUUAACCAUUUUUCCCCGGUCACAGUAUUUGUGAAGAGUAAUGAGCCAUAGUACCCAGUCACGGUUAAUGAAUAUUAAAAGCAUGGAGAUGAGAAGAAACGUGAGGAACAAUGAGUUUCAACCUAUGGCUUCAGAACAUCAAGAUGUUCUUGUAUUGGAUUAUAGUACCUAGUAUUCAAAAAUGCCUGCAUCUCUUAUUUAUUGUAAGUUUUUAAAUGUAUAAAUUGUCUUAUAUUUCUUAACCUCUUUUAUAAAAAUUUUCCUAGAAGGUUUAUACUGCCUUCUUGCUUUAAAGCAAUUGGUCUAAAAUAUAUGUAAUCGUCUUAAUUAAAAGUUGCAGUAGGUUGCUUUUAGAGUAUUAUUUUUUUGUAAGGGGGUGGGCGGGGACAGUAAAUUUGUAUUGUCUUGAUGUACAGUUUAAUGGGUAUAGAGGGGUUAAUGUCCAUACCAUUGUGUGUGGGGGAUUUACAGCUAAGCUGUAGUUGCAGAGUACAUGUACAGUAAUGAAGUUCACUGUGUUUAUAUAAAUUGAAAAGGUACCGGGUCUUACAGCAUUUUAUAUCACACCUUUACAGAGUAACAAUGGCAAUAUAUCAGUGAUAUUGUAGGUGGUUUAACUUGUAGUGAGAAUAAAACGAAUAAACUCUUCAACUGAAGUUUGUGUUAUGGUUCAGGGCUGUGGCUAGAUUCUCAGAUCUGUUUCCAGUAUCCUAGUUUAAUUAUUACAAGAAUAUCUAUUUGUGCAUUGCUGUUGCUAGAUAUUCUUGGCACUGUGGUGAGCAUUAUUUUCUCCUGUUUGUGACAAAACACAAACCUAAAGUGGAAGGCACAGAACACAGAUCUUACCCAAAGUCUCCAGUGAGGCUGAAAUUUAGCCCAGCUCUAGCCAUUUUACAAAUGCAAAAACAGUCAAUCUUGACUUUAAGAUUGGUGUGUGUUUAACUAAAACGUGAUGUAUAUAGAUUCUCAGUGAAUUCUGGUAUUCAGAUUUUAUUCCCUUAGUUGAGGGGGGGGGAACUAAAAAAUAUCCCAAUCACCCAAAAAAACUGAAAAAACAACAAAAUGCCCCAAAUGCUUUCCUCUUUCAUGUAUUUUUGUCAUGGUGGUGAAGGUUCCAAAUAUCAGUGUAUGGCCUUUCCCAUAUCCCCUUUUCAGACUGGGGUGUGUGUGCUAAGGAGGCUCAGCCCUCCCUGAGGAAUGGCCUGACAAAUCACAAGGCUUUGGUAAACCUCUCCUCCUUCACCAUUUCUUCCUCCGUAGUUUCCUUCCUUUCUCCUAGCAGACACCAAAUGUCUGAUGGUGCUCUAAAAUAGCCCCUACGGGUGCUGAAGAGCAACUGCAUCUGCUUUUCCUUGGUUCCUCAUCUUCUGACUGCCAGAUUGAAAGCUUAACUCCUGCAGUGCUCACGUGAGUCUGUUGCUGUAAUCAUGUCCUGGGUCUUAACGCUGUCCGUCGAGCUGGUUAAACCUGUACAGGAGCAAGUUAAGAUCCAUUUUUGCACCCACUGUUAAUCCUCUACAAGGAAGAAAUCACUUGUAUUUACAAAACGUACUAUGUUAAUGAAAAUUAUGGUUUUGUAAAUGCAAAAUACCUGCCUGAGAAUUUUUUUCUUACAAUGUCUCCUUGAAUUAUGUAUAUACAAUAUUAGCGCC